UCGACUACCAUAUAAAGCUAUUUAUUUGAAGGGUUUUCCCGUGCAGCUUCAUCAAUGGAGGAGCUCAAAUCGAUGGUUCCGGUCACCCUUCAGCGCCAGAUUGCAAGAAGCACAACUGAUGAUCUUGUUUCCACUUGUUCUUCUCUCCUGGAUUUCUUUCUUCAGCUGCCCCAGUUUCACCAAAUUGUUAAGGACUUAACGGACCCAGAAAGGGCUCUGUGUGGUAAGAACAAGGAAGCUUCAUUGGAAUCAAAGCGCAAGGCCAAUGAUUUCUUCACCAGAGGAGAGUACUCAAAGGCUAUUAAAUUAUAUUCUAAGGCACUGCGUGUUGCACCUAUUGAUGCUGAUGACACGGGCAAAAAUAUUGUGGCAACACUUUAUGUGAACCGAUCAGCUUCUUUUCAUAAGAUGGGUCUUUUAAAGGAAAGUUUGCGAGACUGCAAUCGGGCACUUGCUGUUUCCCCUAAUUACUCAAAGGCAUGGUACAGGAGGAGCAAGGCAAAUGCUUCUCUGAAGAACUACAGAGACGCAUUGUGUGACUUACAUAUUGCCAUCAAGCAAGAACAUUCUCUGCCUGGAAAGAAACAGAUUGAAAAUGAGAUCAAAUAUAUAUCAGAUAUGCCUACUGAAUCAAUUGAAGUCCAACAUGAGCUUUCAAGGAGUGAUUAUUUACAUACUGCUAAUGAGAAUAUUGCAGAUGAAUCAUACAAACAGGUCCUUCAAUGUGUCCACACACCUGCUAAAGGGAGGGGCAUGGUUUCUGUGACUGAUGUUCCACAAGCUUCUUUAGUCCACGUGGAAGAACCAUUUGCUUCGAUCAUACAGAAGCACUGUCGGGAAACCUAUUGUCAUUUCUGCUUCAACGAACUGCUAGAAGAUACAGUUCCAUGUUCAUCGUGUUCAAUUCCUUUGUAUUGUUCUCAACAAUGUCAAGUAAAAUCAGGAGGAUGGAGGGUGGGAAAUUUGGAGGAACGUGAGAUUCCUGAAACUUUGUCGAAUGAUCUUCAGACGUAUAUGUUGAAUAUUACUUCAGAAAAUAUAAAUGCUUUGGAUGUCAACCACUUUUCUGAGCACAUACAUGAGUGCAAUGGAGCAAAUUGGGCUGCAAUAUUGCCAUCAGAGGUCGUUCUAGCUGGUAGAAUUCUAUCAAAAUUGAUCAAGCAAAAAAGACAAAGCAGUAAUUCCCCUUAUCUUGAUCUUUGUCACAAUUAUGAACAUCUUCACGCGGAAAGAAAAUUGCAGCUUCAUAUAUAUUCUAUAGUUUUGCUGUUCUGUCUUCAGCAUUUUUAUCGAUCCCAAUUAUCGAAAGAUGGUAGAACUAUUUCUAAGAUUGUUGUACUUUUGUCUCAAAUCAAGGUGAAUUCUAUGGCAAUUAUCCGAAUGAAGUUUCCUGACUCGUGUGAUCCAAUAGAUAGUUCUCAAAGGAUUCCUCGUGAUAAAGAUGAUUCAACAGUAGACUUGGAACAGGUGAGAGUUGGUCAAGCUAUUUAUUUAGAUGGAAGUUUGUUCAAUCAUUCUUGCAAGCCAAAUAUCCACGUGUAUUUUGUUUCCCGCUCAGUUUACAUACGAUCAACAGAUUUUAUUGCAGCAGGAUGUCCAAUGGAGUUAUCUUAUGGCCCUCAGGUUGGGCAAUGGGACUGUAAAAGCCGUAAAGAAAUUCUGUGGAAUACAUACUCGUUUGAAUGCCAAUGCAAGGGUUGCAUGGAAAUAAACUUGCCCGAUCUUGUCCUAAAUGGUUUUCGGUGUGUCAAACCAAAUUGCCUUGGCGUAGUCCCUGACACUUGUACUGUCAUUUCUGAAAAACAGAAAUUCAAUACUUUCCAGUCUACAACUACCCAGAAUCUCAACAUUGAAGAUAUCAGAAAAGUGGCUAGCCUUUUCUUUGACGAAUCUGGUAGGAGCAGUCAAAUGGAACUUGGAGACUGUUUGAACUGCGGUUCACAACGUGACAUGGAAGAAUCACGUGCAAUUGUCAAGAGAGCCGAGGUUUAUUUAAGAAGGUUGCAGAAUAUGAUAGCCUCCAACGGAAAUUCCCAAACUGAUAAGCUCUCGAAUGGUUUGGUGGGUCUUGAUUUGUUGAAGUCAACAUUGCAUAUGUACAACAAGAAACUAGCCGAGGCCGAGGACAAUCUUGGGCAAGCUAGUUGUUUUGUUGGAGAACUGCAACCGGCACUAGAGUUUUGCAAAGCAUCUUUGCAGAUUCUUGAAAAGCUAUAUGGUCCAGAUCACAUUGCCAUUGGAAACGAGCUGAUUAAACUUGCGUCACUUCAAGUAUCGAUCGGCAAGGGACUUGCAGCAGCAACGAGCAUAAAGCGUGCCCGUCAAAUAUUUUUGCGAUAUUAUGGUUCACAGACAGACAUGAUAUUCAAGCAUCUCCAUGGUUUGGAAACAGAAGCUCAUAAAGAAGAAACAUGUAACCUUAGUGAAUAAUAGUCUUCCUUGAUUAUGACAUUCAACAUCCACAUUAACCAAUUUGAAGUUAUUUUGUCUUUAGCAAAAAGUAAAAAGAAACUGUAUUUUGUUGUUGGGUAUUA